UCCAGUAGGAUCUCACCAUUUUAUUUUACAACACUUCUAUGGCCAUAUUAUGUUUAGGCUAUAUUUGGUUUGAGAUCAAAUUUAACCAAAUUGAUGGUGGACAAAAAUGAUCUAACCUCUCAAAUGUGUACUGGGUGUGAACAGGGUCACGUUCAUUUGCAAAACGUUCUUGAACAUUAACGUCAUUCAUUAUUGAACAAAUCGAAGAGGCAUGUUUGUUCUACAUAGCAUAUUUCUAUCUGGACGUUCCAAAACUUUGUAUCCUGCUGAACGCGCCCCUGUUCUUGAUUUUUAGCACUUUAGCGGGUACCUUGUUUUGAAAGUUUGACGCUGCCUCCUCGACCUAAUUUAAAACACGUACAUUUACUGAGACGCAGUGAUGGACUAGAAUCAAUUGAGAAAAUCCAACAAGUCUAUGGUUGGUAGUGGGAUCUUAUUUUCUUCAUCACAUGAGGGACGCGAUAGCCUGCCUUACUGCCCUCUUCACAGAUACCUCCGCCUUGAAGGGAAACAAACCUUGGUCAUAGGAAAUCCGCCUCUCCUGAUUUGAGGAAAAUGUUUCACCUUGGGAGAAAAAAACAUCAGACUGAACCAAGGGAAGUCUCUGCCUCCAAUCUGGCAAAACUCAGCAAUAAGCUCAAAGCCAUCCUGAAGAAGAAGUAUCAGAGUCCUCCAGGGGGGGAAACUGAGCAUCCAUUUUAUAUACAUUGUGAUCUCCAGUAUCCACCUGAUGAAAGUGGAGAGAACCAACAUGAGUAUAUUCUAAUUGAGCCAACCUACAGGAAGAGACACCGAGGGACGUGCUCAACCAUAGGCUUAUACUUUGAUUCUGAACUAGGCUACGAACGAGUCAGAAUAGCACUGACCAAGGGUGUCUCUGGUAUUGGCAAAACUAGCCAGGUGCGGAUGGUUAUUCUUAACUGGGCAGAGGGAAACGGAAACCAGGACUGUCCUCUCUUAUUUCCUCUUCCUUUCCGGGAGCUGAAUUUGCUGAAGGAGAGACUGAGUCUAAUUGAACUUAUUCACAAGUUUUUCCCAGAAUUGAAAGAACUUGGCAUUUCCAACUUGGAGAACAUCAGAAUUUGGCUCAUCUUUGAUGGGCUGGAUGAAUUCCGACAUCUUCUUGACUUCAUGAACAGCCCGAUAGUGACCAAUGUCACAGAGGCCUCAUCCGUGCCGACACUGCUUACAAACCUAAUUAACGGUAAUCUUCUUCCCUCCACUGCUUACAUAUGGAUUACCUCCAGACCUGAAGCAAUCAGUCGCAUCCCUUUUCAGUACAUCAAUGAAGAGUCAGAAAUCGAAGGCUUCACAGAUUACCAGAAAGAGGAGUUCCUCAGGAAAGCAAUCAAUGACACGGACCGGGCCAAUGCAAUUAUUGCCUACUUGAAGUACUCAAAAAGCCUCUACGUCUUGUGCCAGAUACCUAUUAUCUGUUCGAUUUGUGCGUCAUUCCUCAGGAGACAGACAUUUCUAUUCUAUAAAGAAUGUAACCGCAGAGCUCUGACUCCAGUGUAUACUGACCUACUCGCCCGGUUGCAAACACAGAAUCAGAAUACACAGGAGAUGGCUAAUAAAUUGGGGGAACUAGCCUUUAAGCAGUUGGUGAAAGGCAACGCGGUUUUCUACGAGGAAGACCUAAGAGAGUGCAACAUUGAUGUCCAAGUGGCAGCUGUGUACGCAAAAGUGAACAUACCCAUCUUCAGGGAGGAUAUUGGGCUGCAGCAAAAGAAGAUCUACUACUUUGGGCAUACCACCAUUCAGGAGUUCUUUGCCGCAAUGUGGUUUCUUCAAUCCUGCAACAGCCUGAGGAAAGCAGUGGACGUGGCCUUGCAGAGCAGAAACGGAAAGCUGGACCUCUUCCUCCGGUUCCUCCUCGGCUUCUCGCAGAACUCCAUCCAGUCAGUCGCAGAGUCCGGCUACAACUCGUCAGAGACACUGACGGAAACGGUAGAGUACAUCAAGAAGAAGGUCAUGGAGAAUCCCGCUUCACGGAGGACACUCAACUUGCUGAACUGCCUGAGGGAACUGGGUGACAGCUCUUUAGAAACGGAUGGCAUGAGCUUUCUCAAUACGGGAAUUCCCCCAGAUGCCAAAUACCCACGUGCACAUUGGUCCGACCUGGCCACUCUGUUAGUGGCAUCGGGGACGGGGCCGAUAGACAUGCUUGGGUUGGAAGUAAAGAAGAGAGGAGACAAGGAACUUCUGAGGAUGCUGCCAGUGAUAAAAGCUUCCCAGACAGCCACGCUGUCAUAUCACAAUCUGACUGAGAUAUUCUGUAAAGAUCUGGGCUUGGCGCUCAACUCAAAUGUGUGCCAUCUGAAAGCGCUGGACCUGAGUUUCAACACGCUGAAAGACUCAGGAGUGCAGCUGCUGGCGGCCGGCCUGGCCCAGCCACAUUGCCGAAUGGAGAGACUGAAACUGUCCGGCUGCAGGGUGAAACAGGAUGGCUUCAACGCUCUGGCCAAAGCUCUCAAAUCCAACCCCUUGCACCUGCGAGAGCUGGAUCUGAGCGGCAAUGAACCGGGAGAAGCCGGCGUGUUUCAUCUCGUUGACGGGCUGAAGGUUGUUUAUUGCAAACUGCAGAUCCUGAAGCUCUCAAACUGCAAGCUGGGCCUGGAGCUGAGUCACGCUCUGGCGGUGUUGCUGAUAGACAACCCCGAACACCUGCGAGAGCUGGACGUCAGCAUGAAUGAUCUGGGAGACGCGGGGGUGGAGCUGCUUAUGGACAUACUGAAGUCAACCCAGAUAUACAAACUGGAGUUGUACUGUUGUCAGCUCACUGAGAAAUGCUGUGAGAACAUGUUUGGAUUUCUGGUGAACAUCCCCAGUCUGAGGGAGCUCAACCUGAGCAACAACAACCUGAAGGACGAGGGGGUCAAGAUGCUCUGUAAAGCCUUCGGACUGCCCUUCUGUCAACUGGAGAAACUCAUUAUGGCGAGCUGUGGCAUCACCCUAGUCAGAGGGUUUCAUUUCAACUCUGUCCUCAAAGAGCUGGACAUCAGCAGGAACCAUCUGGGCGACUCGGAUGACUGGGCCGAUGUCUUUUUCUGCUUGUCUUCACUUGAGACCCUCAGGCUGAGUGACUGUAAACUGACAGGGAAAUGGUGUGGGGAGCUGGUCAAAGCUCUCAGCUCCAACCUCACCAACCUGAAAGAGCUGGAUCUCUCUGGAAACGACCUGGGAGACCGCGGUGUGAAGACUCUCUACCUGGGACUGACGUCCAGGUGUUGUACACUGGAGAGACUGUUUCUGAGAUGCUGUGGGAUCACAGUGAAGGGCUGCUCCUCCCUAGCCUUAGCCCUGAAGUCCAGCCACUCCAGCAUCACAGAACUAGGUCUGAUGGGAAAUGACACGGGAGAAGAAGGACUGAGAAUUCUCUCCGACAUCAGGGACAACCAACGCUACAAUCUACAGACUCUAGAAAUCAACGAUUGAGAGAGGUCUUGACUCGCUUGAUGGGGUUCUCCUUGGCGUCUCGGCUUGAUCUUCAAGUUCUGUACUCUGGUGAAGCGGUUCACUGUAACGGGAACAGGACGCUUUCUCUGGAGCAGACUGGGAUUUGCAUUCAGACGACUGAAUUGAUCGUUGUACAGACUUAUUAAAGAAGUGCCUAAACUUGAAAAAGAUAAUUAUAUAUAGUUUUAUAGAGUAGGAUGCCCUUCAGGGUGUAACCACAGUGCCUGUGUACUAAACUAAAGGAUGUUACUCAGUACCUUUAGCCCCAAACAUGCUCAGUAACCUCGAAGCCCAUGCAGUAUUUCUUUGCACAUCAAUGUCAAGUCAAGACGUUGCGGUAUACGAUGUAGCCUUUACUGAAGAGACGGGUGAUGCUAUGUUUUACAUAAUGACCUUAUUGUGUUUCCUUGUUUAACCAAGGAUGUGUCAUCAUAUAGUGGGACUGAAUAAAUGGAUAAUCCACUUGAAGACAUUUUCACCUUUACCAAUCCCCCCCAGACUACUCGCUCAGUCUUCAACGAUACAGGUUGAAUAGAACCCUUAGAUUGGUGUGGUAUGAACAUGCUAAUGAACAGAAUUCUAUUCCAGACAGCAUAUAUACAUUUGGACAAAAGUCCAUAUAGAAGGGUUUAACUUAAUAAAAUGAGGAUCUCUAUGGUUAAAUCUAUCCUGAUUGGCGCAGCGGUCUACAGUGCAAAGCGUCAGUGCAUCUCAGUGUUUGAGGCAUCACUACAGGCACCCUGGUUCGAUUCCAGGCUGUAUCACAACCGGCCGUGAUUGGCCCAGCGUCGUCCGGGUUUGGCCGGCGUAGGCAGUCAUUGUAAAUAAGAAUUUGUUCUUAACUGACCUGCCUGGUUAAAUAAAAAAUACUUUUUAAAAAAACAUCUAAAUCAUCUUCCCUACCUUUUGUAUUUAGUGAAUAGUGUUGACCAACUUUAACUCCAGAUAAGUAAAAACAUGAUUUUUUUAUUUUUUGCAUUAGUGAUUUAUGCAUUUACCACCACAUCACUGAAUAUCAGCCUUGCACGAUUCAACAAAUGUUAUAAGUUACUGUAUAUACCACUACAAGCACAGGGGACAGUUUUUUGGGGCGUUUUGUGUUUUUUAAACUCAUUAAAACGUUCUAAAAUUAAUGAAAACAUGCAUUAAUAAAAUGUUUAUUUUAUAUAUUGUACAUGUAUUGCUGAUGAAUAAGUAUUAAAACGUUCACAAGAAAAAUGUAAAAUUCAUUAAAAUAAACUUUACUGUUAGAAGUUA